AUGUGUCGAACAGCCGCUAAAUACUUAUUAUUAGGAAUCAGAAUUGUUGUUGUAAUUUUUCUAUCUGAAUUGACCUUUUCUGUUGGUAUGCCACUAAAUGAAUUAGCAAUCGAAGAGAAUGUCGAUGGGAUACCCCCGGAAUGCAAGUUUUUAAAAGGAAAUCAGAGAAAAAAUUGUAUUACUGUUUUCAUGGGCGACUACGUAAAAAUGUCACAAGAUAUGCUUUCUGACAAGAAAUUCGCUGACGAAUUGGAAGUACAAGACGUCCGAUCGAGGGAGAAACGAUCUAUUAGAAAACGUUGCCCUAAAUUCAGUGAGCAGUACCUGCGUCGGACUAAAAAAGUAAAAGAUCGCAGUAUUUCUCCAUGGAAAUAUAUCAAAAAUACUGAUAAUAAAAGAAUACCCAAGAUAUUGAUGGAAGCUCGAUGUCUUUGUAACGGUUGUAUAAACAUAGAAACAACUAAAGAAGAUAACGUGAAUCUUGUCAGUAUACCAACAAAAACAAAAAUUACAGUAAUGAAAAAAGGGAAAUUAACUCGCAAGAUCAUUAAUACUGGAUGCACUUGUGUCAUCCGGUAG